CACCGGGGCCGAGAAAAAUAACAGGACCCUUGAUGAUGACAGCCACCACAUGUGUAUGAUUGGGACGGGACCUGAAGGCACACGAGCAAUUGCAACGAGCGGCCAUCACACUGUCUGCUGCGUCUGUGAUUGCGAGACUGAAGAAGGCACAAGUGCGCAAAUAUGUGGAAGAAUGCGAUCGAGAAGAUUCUGUGAGCCAUAGCUGAGGCGGUGCCGAUUUCAUGGGCUGAUGAGAGCAGCUGAGAAGGAGGUGUAGGACGUCGCAGCAGCUAUGGGAGCCGCGAAGGUCAUACAUGGAAGCGGGGUUCAGAAUUUUGUCACCUGUAAGUCUCCGGACAUGCAAUCAGACUGCUUCAGACCAACCUCGUGCUCGGGGUCUACGAGCGCACCGGGGUUUUCAGGUCGAGGUUCGAGCUGCAGAUGGCUUCUUCGAGAGCGUGUUGCUGGUGGUUCGUCCAAUCGGAUUUUUGACCUUAAUGGCCGGAGAGCAGAGGAAGAGUUUUGGGUUGCGAUUCUGCCGAAGAGGCGAGCUAAUUUUAGAAAGGCGAGGAGGGUUUUGGGUUUAGGUGAUCAGCCUCACUCCUCGUUAAAUUUUGGAAGUAGGGUUGAAUCACCGAAUACCUCGAUUGGAGGUCGGCUUCAACCGCAGGUUUCGUCCUCACCUGUCGAUCCGAAGAGCAGAGGCGAAAGUGCUCCGAAGAUAGUGUUGCCAUCAGAAUUGAGACCGGAGCUGAUGCCCAAGCAUGUAGCAAUUAUUAUGGAUGGAAAUUCACGAUGGGCCCAGUGCAGAGGAAUGCAUGCAGGUUUUGGUCAUGCAGCUGGAGCGGAAGCCUUGAGAAGAGUUGCGAAGAUUGCCAGCUCGUGGGGCAUACAAGUUUUGACUGUUUUUGCGUUUUCCACCGAGAAUUGGUUGCGCCCGCGGAUGGAGGUCGAGUUUCUAAUGCAACUGUUUGAGACAAAGCUACAAUCAGAGAUGCCCAACGUUAUGAUGCAUAAGUUCAAACUGCGAUUUAUUGGAGAUACUACCAGCUUGCCAUCUUCCUUGCAAACAGCAGUCAAAAUUGCAGAAGAGGGUACUAGACAUAACACCGGCAUGAUCAUCAACAUUUGUGUUAGCUAUAGCGGUAGAGCAGACAUAGUUCGUGCUUGCCAGGAGCUCGCUGCACAAGCAGCAGAAGGCCGUCUGAAGCCUGCGGAUAUCGAUGAUGCUGCCAUUACAAGAACAGUAUUCAUGAACGAGCUUGGAGCUUUACAGGAACCCGAUUUACUCAUACGCACAAGUGGAGAGCAACGUAUAAGCAACUUUAUGUUGUGGCAAUUGGCUUAUUCUGAAUUAGUAUUCUUAGACACACUCUGGCCCGACGUCGACUUAGAACAAUUCAAGGCUGCACUGAUCACCUACCAGCAGAGAAGUAGGCGAUUUGGUAAGCGCAUCCUGUGAGACCUUGUACAUGUAAAAAUGUUGAAAGAUAUCAGGUAGCUUGCUGGCAUCAUAAAGUUCUAGAUUAUUUUUUGGACCGCUCCCUUGGACAGGAGUUGGACUGUACCAUACAUUAUGCAAAUAGGAUCAUCAGAUGGAAGUUGGAAUUACAAGAGGAGACGAAGGACACUUGCAAGGUCACAAUGAGAAUGCAUCAAAAAAUCUGCUCUUCGUGUCGAGAUAUACGUUGUACCGACAGUAUUUCUACUUAUUGACCUGUUACAGAAGGCUUUGCAGCUAACAAAUGGGAGUGGACUUUGGUAUGCUUCUCAUUGAUGACCAAGAAGCCCCCAAGCACUUUUAACUGUGGUUAUCUACCAAUUUAAUAACAAUCGGGACGUGGGUCUACACUUUGU